UGUCAUAACGAAAUAGAUCUUCUAAUCUUAUGGCGAUUAGUGUAAUAUUUCAUGUAAAAAGUACUUCAAAAUCAUGACAAGCAGAGGAAAUUUUAAAAGUAGUCGAAAUAAUUUUAAGUAUCAAAAUGAAGCGCAGGAUUCAAAAGGCACCAAACCCAUUCGAGAAGCAUCGUCUGUCGUAGAAGUUCUAAUACUUAUGAUUGUGCACAUUUGUAAGAAAGUGUUAUUCUUUGACACGAGUUUAAAAAUAGCCAUUUAUUUAGGAGCUCUCUUUUUAUUAUCUCUUAUAGCCGACGUCCUCACGUUUCCAAAAUCAUAUUUCUCAAGAAGUGAUAAUAUGUUUAACCAGUAUUUUGUAAAACUUGGAUGGUUCUGGACCUUAUUUCUAACAGUGCCGUACGUUUUCUUGACGUCCUAUACUACCUGCUGCGGCAAAAGGAAGCUCAUCUUUACGGCACACUUAUUACGACUUUUUAUUGCUACCAUAUUUUGGUAUACAUGGACAACUAUAUUUAAUAUGAUAGAAACAAAGUAUGGCCGCUGUAAUUCAAAUCGUUAUGACGAUAAAGUUGCUUGUUUAAAAAAUGGACAUUUUUGGAAUGGAUUUGACAUAUCAGGACAUUGUUUUAUAUUAAUUUAUUCAAGUUUAGUUUUAAUAGAAGAAGCAAGAGCCAUAAAUGGAUGGGAGAGAAUAAAGGAUUAUAUACGCGAAGAGAGAUACUUUCGAAGCUUAAACGACAAGUCUCCUAGUUCUAAUCCACUGAAAAAUAUGAACACAGAUGAAUUAGACAUUUUAAAAACUUCUUAUGAAAAAUUUACACCGUACGUAAGAGCAUUCCUAAUAGGAAUUGCUCUACUCCAGUUGUUAUGGGAUGUAAUGUUAGUUUCAACAAUAUUGUACUAUCAUAUUAUGGUUGAGAAAUUUAUCAGUGGCAUUAUAGCAAUACUUACAUGGUUUGUUACUUAUAGAGUAUGGUAUACAAUACCUAAUCUAUUUCCAAACUUACCAGGACAAGGAAUUUUUAAAUAUAAUUUAGAGAAAACAAGUUCUUCAAGUAUACCACAAAGGCGAAGAUCACUUAUUAAUAAUGGCAAACACUUUAUGGGAAUGCCCAUAAAUAAAGGACAAGAAGAUUCUGAGGACACAAAAUAGUAUCAAUUUUUUUUAAUGAAUUAUCCUUUUUAUAUAGCAUUAUAUUGUGUACAACAUAAGAAUAAUUGGAUGAGAUAGGGUUUAAACAGGCUAACAAAAAUGAAUAUCCUUAAUAUAAUAUGUAAUAUAGGUUUGUUUUGGUGGUUGUACAAAUUUGGCUUUGGUGAAAAUUUGGUCUAUUUCUCUUUUCUUAUUGUUAAGUUUAUUCUGUAAAUAAAUAAAGUGGAUAAAAUAUAA